AUGACCUAUAGGGAAACCCAAAGUUGGACGGACUUUUUCUUCUCCCAGAGUACACCCACCUUGAGCAAAGUCGACUAUGAAACUCAAGUGGAUUUCAAGCGUUUCCACCUGGAUAGGGAAAAGUGGUUGUUGUGGGAACCAGUAGCUACUGGUAGACGCAUUGGUCAGGAUGUUAUUCAAGUGCUAUGGCUAGUUACUAAGUAUCAUGGAAGAAUGGUGCGCAAGUACGUGGCCAAGGUGUUCCCUGAAUACACUGAACAUGAUGCCCAGCUCCAGCUCCGACGCGUUCCAGACCUAUGCAACCGGGGUUCAAGAGUGGUUAUGAAUGAGCUCGACCCCUUCCUGAAUGAAGCCAGGGUGUUUCAACGCAUUGAAAAGUAUUGUGACAAUGCACGGAAGAUCUACUUUCCUCGGUUUUAUGGUGUGACCACCGACCUCGACAGAUCCCAGUUUCGUUCUGGCUAUCCUAACUGCCGGGCGAUUAUCCUUGAAGCCAUUAAGCCAGAGUUAGCUUCUCGACGUAUCCUGGCAGCACACAAUCACAGCGGAACUGGACACAUUGAAAGCCUAAGGCGGCGGCUUCAAAGUCUAGACCUAAAUCUAAGUGAUUUUGAAAAGGAGUUCUAUUGUUCUCUACUUGCAGACCGCUGCCACCGUCUUUUAGCAUUGCACAGCCUUGCAGUCACUCAUGGUGAUGUGAAAGAUGAACAUUUUCGGCUCCCUGGUGACUUCCAUGAUACAGUCCUUUAUGACUUCUCUAUUUCAUACACUUUCUCUCCAGAGCAACCUUACUUAAUGAAUUUUAGGCUGCCCAACAAAUCAUUAAAAGAGAUAUCGCACUAUGAACUAAAACGCGUUGAGGAGCAAGUGUAUGAACGAGCCAAAAAGCUGGAUUUGCAGGAUCAUAUUGCAAAGUCAACUACCGCUACUCAGAAAGAUAUCAAAGACGCACUCUUCCAACCUCUACAGGAUGGACCCUUGGAAUUAAUAAUUCUAAGAGUAAAGACUCGGCCCGAUGGUUAG